AUGGGUCGGUUUAGUGUUAUACUCGUGUUGUCAUUUGCGUUAGCAUUGUGUCUUGUUCCUUAUACUAGUUUUGCUCAGCUUAGUCCGAACCAUUACGCUAACAUUUGUCCAAAUGUUCAGUCCAUUGUCAGAUCAGCUGUUCAAAAGAAAUUUCAACAGACUUUUGUAACCAUUCCUGCUACUCUCCGUCUCUUCUUUCACGAUUGUUUUGUUCAGGGUUGUGAUGGUUCGGUUUUGGUGGCGUCGAGUGGAGGUAACCAAGCGGAGAAGGAUAACGCUGAUAAUUUGUCAUUGGCUGGUGAUGGAUUUGAUACAGUUAUUAAAGCGAAAGCGGCAUUAGAUGCUGUUCCACAGUGUAGAAACAAAGUUUCUUGUGCUGAUAUUCUUGCUUUGGCUGCUAGAGAUGUUGUUAAUCUGGCUGGUGGACCGUCUUAUACUGUUGAAUUGGGAAGAUUUGAUGGGUUGGUUUCAAGAUCUUCAGAUGUAAAUGGGAGAUUGCCUCAGCCAGGGUUCAAUUUGAACCAGCUGAAUGCUCUGUUUGCUAGCAAUGGACUCACUCAAACAGACAUGAUUGCCCUAUCAGGUGCACACACCCUUGGAUUCUCUCACUGCGACAGAUUCUCCAAUAGGAUCCAAAAUCCAAUCGACCCAACAUUGAACAGACAAUACGCAAUCCAGUUACAACAACAGUGUCCUAGAAACGUUGAUCCAAGAAUAGCCAUCAACAUGGACCCAACAACUCCAAGAACAUUCGACAAUAUUUAUUACCAGAAUCUUCAACAAGGAAAAGGUUUAUUCACUUCAGACCAAAUCCUCUUCACUGACACAAGAUCUAGGGCAACGGUUAACUCUUUUGCUUCUAGUGGUAACGUUUUCAACUCCAAUUUUAUUAGUGCUAUGACUAAGUUGGGUCGUGUUGGUGUUAAAACUGCGAGGAAUGGCAAGAUUCGUACUGAUUGUUCUGUGCUUUGA